AUGAGUGACGCGGCGCGCGUCGAGCCGAGCGGCCGCCACGAGAGCAACUUGCACGACGGCAGCGCCCCGCGGGCGGGACAUCGAUCCAGCGCGACGAUCGAGGCCAUCGCGGCGGCCAUCCCCUGGCUGCGCACCAACGACCGAGGGGCGCUGGCCCGCACAUGCCGGCGUCUCCGCGACGCGGUGGCCGCGGACGACCUCCUGUUCACAAGGGACAUCUCCCGGGGCGCAGAGCCGCGCGCCAUCCCGCUCACGCGCCCCGGCAAGGACGCACACCUGCGGCCUCCACCGCACCGCUACGUGCGCACCUCCGUCGCCCGCCUGGGCAACGGCGCCCUCGUCGACCCGCCGGACGGCCCCGGCUGCGACUGCAGCGCGCCCUGCGGCCCUGAGACCGCCUGCCCGUGCCUGGCGGGCCAGAGCACAGCGCAGCCGUCGCUGGCGCCGUCCAUCCUGGAGUGCGGCCCGCGCUGCGCGUGCGCCGCGCACGGGUGCCCCGCCGCGCUCUCCUCCCGCGGCGCGCAGCGGCCGUGCGAGCUCCGCUGGACCGGCGACGGCCGCGGCUGGGGGCUGUUCGCCACGGCCGACGUGCCGCCGCACGCGCUGGUGCUCGAAUACGCCGGCGAGAUCCUGUCGACCGGCGAGGCGCGCCGCCGCCUCGCGCAGUACGACGAGGCGCGCAUGGGGCACGCGCUGCUCGUCGUGCGCGAGGUCCUGCCGUCGGGCGUGACGGCGCUGCGCACCAACGUGGACGCGACGCGCGUGGGGAACGCCGCGCGGUUCGUCAACCACGCGUGCGGGUCCGCGGCGACGUGCGUGCUCGGCGUCGUGCGGCGGCGCGGCAGCCUGCUCCCGCGGGUGGGGGUGUUUGCUGGGGCCGGGGGAGUCGGCGCCGGCCAGGAACUGACCUUCUCGUACUGCUUCGGGGCGGAGGGCGAGGCGGACGGGCCGGAGCCGGAGCGCGGCGACCGCGUGCGGUGCCUCUGCGGCGCCCCGGACUGCAUGGGCUUCCUCCCGCGCAGCGAGGCGUGA